AAGCCUCCCAUUACGGAGUACGAGAGGGUCCAUGAAGGUCCCCGCGACUCCUGGACUGGAUAAAACGGCUCUUGGAAUGGGGCGAAGUCCGAGCUAAGGUGGGCGUUGGUCCGUGCGGGGAAGUGGGAAUCGCUAGGUUCGUUCCGGACCCGCCGCCCCAUGGCUCAGGCGUCUCGCUCUGGUAGCCUGCCUCCACUUGUUAUCGUGCCCCCGCUGAGGGCGCAACCCGGGGGCACUGGGGAGGAGCAGUGGGAGAGAAGGCAAACGGGCGCUCUUCGCGGGGAGGUUCACGGUUGGCCGGGCGGAACUUCUGGAGGGACGCCGUGGUGGCCGACGCCGGCGGGUGUGAGCGAUGACUAUGAGGCUGAUGCUGCGGCCUGGAGGCGAGGGCCCGCAGGUGGCGGCCCGAUCCCUCCCGCGCUGCAGCGUCUCCGGGCCGUGUUGCUGCGGCUGCAUCGCGAGCGGGAGCAGCUCCUCCAGGCCCGACACUGCGCCUGCCACCUACAGGCUGCUGUGCGCCUCAUGAAGACCCUGAGUCCUGGCUCGCCAUCCGGCGGCCCUAGCCCCUUGCCCCAGUGGUGCCGCGACCUGCAGCUGCACCCUUCCCAAGGGGCAGUCCUGCGAAUCGGCCUUGGGGAGACUCUCGAGCCGUUGCUGCUAGCGCGCCCCAUCGGACUGGCCGCCCAGUGCCUGGAGGCUGUCAUUGAGACGCAGCUUCGCGCUCUCGGCCGGGAGCCUGCCAGCCCAGGCCUGUCAUCCCAACUUGCCGAACUUCUCCUGGCACUUCCCGCCUAUCACACGCUACAGGGAAAAACCUUGAGCCACGUCCCGGGGGCUGCACGUCCUUUCCCCACGUCCCGUGUGCUCCAUCUCUUGACGGGGGAGCGGGGUUGCCAGGUGGCAAGUCGGCUGGACGAGGCGCUCCGGGGAUCGGGAUUGAGAGACCAGCUCCGCAGGCGGUGCCAUGAGGAGCGGGAUCUGCUACCAGGGCUGCUGGGCCUGGUAGGGGGCGUGGCGGGUUCAGCCAGCUGUGGACUACGGCUUGGAGGGGCUGGAGCCUUGUGGAGCCAAUAUUGGACCCUGCUGUGGGCAGCCUGUGCUCAGAGUCUGGACCUAAAUCUGGGACCCUGGAGGGACCUCAGGGCAACAGCGCAACAGCUGAGUCAGGCACUGGGUCAGGCAUCCCUGCCUCAGGAGUGUGAGAAGGAGCUGGCUUCUUUGUGUCACAGCUUACUUCAUCAGUCGCUUAUCUGGAACUGGGACCAAGGUUUCUGCCAGGCCUUGGGAUCAGCUCUUGGGGGUCAGAGCAGCCUUCCCACAUCCUCUCGCACUGCUGAACUUUUGCAGCAGCUCUUUCCUCCUCUCUUGGAUGCCCUUCGAGAGCCCAGGUUACGACUGAUUUUCUGCCAGCCUGCAGAUCCUGCGCCUGUUGCCCUAGGUCUCUGUACCCUGCAGACCACCUUGCUUUGGUUCCUGGGCAGAGCUCAGCAGUACUUGGCAGCAUGGGACCCAGCUUCCUUCCUGCUCCUGAUCCAAAAGGACUUACCUCCUCUAUUGCAUGAGGCAGAAGCUUUGUCUAGCCUGGCCUCAGAGGAAAGUUUAGCUCUGGAAGUGGAGCAGCAGCUGGGCCUGGAGAUCCAGAAGCUGACUGCACAGAUCCAGCUCCUGCCUGAAGAGUCACUAAGUCUCUUUUCUCAAGAAUGUCAUAAACAAGCCAUGCAAGGUUUCAAGCUCUACAUGCCACGGGGUCGGUACUGGCGGCUUCAUCUCUGUCCUGAACUUCCCAGUGCUCCUAGUGAAUAUGCUGGUUUAGUGGUCCGUACCGUACUGGAGCCUGUGUUACAAGGAUUGCAAGGGUUGCCACCCCAAGCCCAGGCCCCUGCCCUUGGUCAGGCACUGACAGCCAUCGUGGGUGCCUGGCUCGACCACAUUCUUACCCAUGGGAUUCGGUUCAGCCUGCAGGGAGCACUGCAGCUCAGACAAGACUUUGGAGUGGUCAGGGAGUUGCUGGAAGAGGAGCAGUGGAGUCUGACUCCUGAUCUCCGCCAGACGCUGCUUAUGCUCAGCAUCUUCCAGCAGCUGGAUGGAGCCCUGCUGUGUCUGUUGCAGCAGCCCCUGCCCAAGUCUCAAGUCCACAGGAGGCCCCCCUGUUGCUGCUCCCCCAUGCAUUGUGCCGAAACCACCUCUCUCCUUCCUGACUUCCUAAGCCUGGGCUCGGGAGCCCUGAGCUGCGGUUCGCAGGCCUACUUGCUUGCCGACGGCCGGAAGUCUCUAUCCCGCAGAAGCGCAGCCAUUCGCGGCCUAACGCAAUGCGACACUUCCGCCUGCACGAGCUCUUCCGGGGUGGAGGUCACCAUGGCAGCUGCCUUAGCCCGGCUUGGUCUGCGGCCUGUCAAGGAGGUUCGGGUUCAAUUCUGCCCCUUCGAGAAAAACGUGGAAUCGACGAGGACCUUCCUCCAGGCAGUGAGCAGCGAGAAGGUCCGGUCCACUAAUCUCAACUGCUCAGUGAUUGCGGACGUGAGGCACGACGGCUCCGAGCCCUGCGUGGACGUGCUGUUCGGAGACGGGCAUCGCCUGAUUAUGCGCGGCGCUCAUCUCACCGCUGUGGAAAUGCUCACUGCCUUCGCUUCCCAUAUCCGGGCCAGGGACGCGGCGGGCAGCGCGGACAAGCCGGGCGCUGAUACUAGUCGCUGACAGCGUCAGAGAGACCAACAAGAUGAUUUUAGCGUGGACUAGGACACUUAACCUAAGAAGAGUUUCACUUAAUCAUUCAAAUCACUAUCUGGAGGGCCACGGAGCGCAAAAUAAAAUGUAAAACCCUGCUACUACAA